GCCCCGUGAUGUUUUCCCCUGUACUCCUUUUGAAUGUUAAUGUUUUCUUGAAGAUGAUUUCAGACACACUGCUAGGAUACUGCCUCUACUCACUGAAGCAGAAUCCUCUGAAGAGUUGCUGAGGCAGAACUGAAGUCAUGGCUCGCCUCAGAGAAGCAGCUGUAUUGGCCGCUAAUGAUGCCUCACACAGGAAGACGAUGCUCCUUUAACUCGGGGGUUUUGAUGGGAAGUUUCUAAGCCUGAAACAACAGCUUUAGAUCUGGGGUGUGCCACCAGCUGCUUGCAGCCACCACUGUCUACUGCUUUAACACAGCUUGGUCGGGAAGAAUGGAAACUAAAGAGGCUUGUAACUACCUGUAACUGUUCCACCAGGAAAUGGAUCAAGUGUUUGUUCAACCAGAUCCAGCCUCUCCAGGGUGCAACCACCAUGAUCUCAGCAGACUGAUGAUGGAAGAGAAGGAACCUGGGAGAUCCUGUGCUCCAGUUUCCCUGGACGAUGGAGGGAGGACAGCCUGUCCCUUCACCUCUGGUGCCCCUUGGGAACGUGUCGUCAGAUUCUAGCAUGUCUCUGGAGCAGAAAACCACGUUUGUUUUUGUGAUUUUGUUGUUUAUUUUCUUGGGCAUCCUCAUCGUGAGGUGCUUCCGGAUUCUUCUGGACCCGUAUCGGAGCAUGCCGACUUCGACCUGGGCCGACGGACUUGAAGGCCUGGAGAAAGGGCAGUUUGACCAUGCCCUUGCCUAGCGGGACAGGAGCAGGUGCUGCUUCUGAGGAGGAGAAGUGAUUCAUGUCUUCACGAGGGAUUCUCUUCCAUCAACAUUCUCAGCAACUCAAGUUUUAACCAUAUCUGGUUCUAGGACCACAAUCCAUUUAUUUGGUAGACAUUUAAGGAUAUUGGAAAUGGAGAUUUCUAUUACUAACUGAAAUAGGAAAGUUUGAAUUUCUAUAUUUACUCAAUGAAUGAAUGUUGUUGAAAGCAUGUGAUGGUGAAACCAAGAGCAUCAAUAGUGACUUUGCCUAAAAUGAAGCACUGUCAGACCUGACCAGAGUAUAAGGAUCAGAAAGGAUUUGAUCUGAAUCUGAUGACAGGACCAAGAAGAGGCUUCCUCACUCUAAUUCUGUCACCCAGUUUUGUUCUAUUUUCAUGGCAAUCUGGGUGCUGGGCAGAGAAUGAGGAAGAUUGUGCUGAGUGGCCUCAGCACAGGUACUUGUCUUCUCCUACAGCAGAGAGCACUGGGAGGCAAUGGGAGGGCUUCAAAGAGGGGGUUCUAUCCCUGGAAAGUAUGAGUGAGGAUGAUAUCACUUUAUUUUUCAAAUAAAACUGAUUUCAAAAGCUUACAAAGGUUUUAAAACUAUUUACCAGGCCAAGUGCAUUCUAGGUAUUCAUAUUAGUAACAUGUGUAGAGGUAGCUAUGCAUAAUGUUGAAUUUACUGUCUUUGCACAAUUGAUUGAAAUAAUAGGUUGCAAAUGCUGCUUCAAGUUGUUUUGUUCCAAAUAAAAAGUUAAUUGUUUAGAGAGGACUUUUACAGUCUUCAGAGGAAUGUGUGUAUAUGGCUGAAUACAGAAACUAAAUAAAACUGUUCAAGAUACAGAA